AUGGAAGAAAACAAGGCAAAAAUCGCUACCAGCACUCACACGUCGGUCCCAUACCUCUUGUUGGGCCACAGACUUAGCCUCGCACCCUUUGCUCUUCCCGUAUUGGCCGCAGGAUUUGUCUCGAUCCGACUCUAUCUAACCUGGUUAUCUGCCAAUCGUCUCAUUGGGGAUGCCAAAGAGUUUAUCCUCGCAAGUUGCUUGGCCGCUCAGAAAGCGGCAAGUGUGGCCGUCAGCGCCGUUCGUUGGCUCGCCACACAGCUCAACGAGGGUAUGGUCGAAAUCGCAACAGAGACGGUGGAAGCCGCACGAAAGGGUGCUCUCCUCUGCCUCAGCUCACUGGACGGUUUAAUCUCAUUCUUCGUCGGACGAUUCAAAUCUCUCUACGUUGGAAUGUUCAAAGUUCUCGUUGUUGGUGGUCUAAAUGUAAUCACUACGGUCACCGGAACCAUCACCAGCGGUCUCAACUCUGUCGCCGAUGCGGCUGUUGCUGCUGUAAACGGAGCACAAAGCGCGCUGAACGCAGUCAUCGGCGGCUUUUCUGACUUGCUUACGAGGGCACUCCCCAAUAUUCCUCCGCUUGGCUUCAUUACCACCCCUCCUUUGCGGAACAUCAACAUUCCCGAUCCCAUCGGAAGCCGUCUCACCGCUAUUCAAAACUCACUGCCUACCGUCGACGAUCUCGAAAGGUCACUCUCCGUCCUCGUCUCACAGCCAUUUGCCAAGACGCAGACGGAAGUCAACAACACACUUCUCAGUGUCAAGAAUGAUAUUCUCAAGGCCGACCUCAUCCCCCUUCCCGACCUGAGCUGGGUGGACAAAUUUGGCACCGACAUGCUCAAGCCACUCAAGUGGGUGGCUAUCGGCUUUGCAAUCCUCUUUGGUCUCUUUCUCCUGUGUAGCAUUCUCUGGGAGAUUUACACCUGGGGCAGGCUCCAGGCGGCUGUCAAGACCAUCCAGAGCGAGUGGGAGACGGAGCCACCGUCUUCCAAAGAAACCCAAGCACCAGAUGCUAUGAGUUCCGAUAUCUUAGAUGUGCCGUCUGUCGAACUCACCCCGCAAAAUGUGAUGAUCCUGCGCUAUCAGCUCAAUCAUGGGUACACAGCCUAUUUCAUGGCCAGAUUCCGCCGCGCUAUACGACUUCCCCGUAAUGGAGCGAGUAACAUCUCCUGGUUCUUCUCCUACAUCACCUACCCACCGGCUCUUCUGUGCCUCCUCAUAGGCAUUCUGGGUCUCAUCGCCGUAGCGAUCCAAGAGGCACUCUUCCGCCGUGUCUUGAGUGCGCUGGAUGAUGUAGACGAUGAAAUCGCGACAGCACUCGGAUCAGUGGGCAAUUGGACGCAAAAGAUUACGACCGAGAUUGAAGAGGCUGUCAGCUCUGAUAGCAAAAAGUAUGCUGCAACUAUGAAUGUCUGGAUGGAGGGUGUAUCCGUGGAUAUUAACGACAAGGUUCUCCGUUCAGCCUUUGUCGCAGCCGGGGACGUGAACCAAACGGUCAUCCAGUUGUAUGGCAAUAUCGAGAAUGGUGUCCGCAGCACGUUCAAGGGGACCAUGUUCGAGUCGGUUGCAAACGACCUCAUCCAGCGUGUGUUGGGGAACCAAUUGUACAAGAUUGACGAUGCAAUUGUGUGGAUGAAGGGCAACAUUCACAUUCGACUGCCGCAUCUUGAUGCAUCCAAGAUUCAGUUGGCUGCAUCUGACGUGGCUGAUAUUGCACGUACCGUGCAGCAAGCUGCUGUGUCUGGAGGGGACGCAGCAAUUGACGGGGCAAAGUCCAUCCUCGAGCAUGUCGUCGAGGCAUAUGAGGCUGGAUUGCGGAAAGAAAGAAUCUUAUUUGGGCUUUUCAUCGGAAUCUGGGGCGUCGUCGUCCUCUUUGCGUCUAUUGGCCUCGUCUACCGGGUUGUAGCGUACAGGAAGAAGACGGUAAAGGUCGAAGAGAAGCAUUAA